AUGAACUCUGGUAAACCAAAUUUUUAAAAAAGAAAAGCAAGUCUAAAACCAUAUGUUUAUCCAAGAUGUUAUGAUUUUUCGGAAACUUUUGAGAAAGAAAUGAUCAAAAAAAUCUAAUUUUUUAACUCUAACUUAAGAGUAUCUCGAAGAUAAACUGUUGCUGAAACAUUUAGAGACUCAGAAGAAUUGGGAUAAGAAUAUACACAAUAAUCAAAGUAAAAUAAAAUCGAUGAUGAAAAUAAGACAAGAUUAAGUUUGUAUUCAAGGAUAAACAGACUUAAGUCUUUUAUCAGUGAUAGAUCCAAGCCUAAUUCUUAAACUGAUAGAAUCUCUCUUGAAGCAGAAUAAAUAUGUUUGUCAAAGAGUCUCAUCUGUUAACAUAACUCUUAAAAUUCAUAUUAAAGAUUAAAAAAACUAUACUAAACAGAACUGAAAUCUAGUGUUUAAUCAGUUGAAAGAAGUAAUGAUUGUAAUUAAACAAAUCUCUCUAAAUCUAGGGAAAAAUGUAAAAAAAGAGUAUCUCUUUAACUGAUGGAUGCUACAUGUUUUCACAACUGCUCAAUAAAUGAAAAUUAACUCUAAGAAAGCAAAGGCUCAGUAGAUUAGAAUGAAUUGAAUAAAUCGUCAAGGGCAAACAGUUUUUAAAGAGCAAAUUCAACUAAAAAAAAGUAGAAUAGUGUAAAUUUUAGGAAUCAAACUAAAAAGUUAAAUUUUAGCCUUUUCACAAAACUUUAAUAACUCAAAUAAAAAAAGCAAGACUAAAGAUUGUCAUUUAUGGUUUUUGCAGACUAUCAAUAUUUCUGA